CUCCUCACUGCUAUAUCUCUUCACUGAAGACCAAGCUCCAGAGUAGCUGUAUCUUGUCUUGUCCCUUCUCUUACACACACACAACAUCAUCCUCUUCUCGCAUAGAUCAACCCUCCUCGCUCUCGUUUGCCUUUGUACUCACCGUUGCUAGGUCAAGGCAGAAGAAGUCGUUCGGUCAUGGAAGGUGGCGAGAAGAAGCAAACGGAGCCAUCGAACGACGCGAUGGAUUCGUCGGAACCAGUGAAGGAGAACCCUGGCGCCGGCCGGUUCUACGAUUGCACGUUCUGCAGGAGAGGUUUCACCACAGCGCAAGCGUUGGGCGGCCAUAUGAACAUCCACCGAAAGGAUAGAGCCAGGACGAGAGUCUCCGGCAAGAAAGACGGUGAAGGAUCAGGUAGUGGCGGCGCUUCUUAUGACCCCAACGUGGACCACCAACGCUCUUAUCCUCCGGUGUCUCGUCCUGUGUGCUUCGUGUCAUCGAGUUCUUCGGGUCGAGAAGUAGCAUCACCACUUGGUGCCGACAGGAGUUUGCAGACCAGGCCGAGCGAACCAACUCGUUCUAGUGGCGAGGGGGGAUUGCUCCCACAGAUGCAUGAAAGGACGGUAAAGAAUAGAGGAGAGGAGGAGGAGGAGGAAGAUGAUGAGAUGGAAGAAGUGGAUUUGGAGCUUCGACUCGGCCAUGACCCAUGACUCACACUCGCUGCUUCACCACUCGGUUAGUCUAU